AUGCUGGCCCUCACGCAUCACGAACACAAUGCGCCGGAACUGACGCUGUCGGUUCUUGGCUGCGGUACUAUGGGUAUUGCCAUCCUCUCCGGCAUCCUGAGCUCGCUACAGGAGAUGUCCGGUCCCAAGCCUCUGCAGACACCUUCUGGACGCUCGACGCCCCAGGAUGAGGUCCCCGCCCAGCUGCCCUCCCGCUUCAUCGCUUGCGUGCGCAGUCCCGAGUCCGCCAAGCGGGUCAAGCAGGCCCUGUGGGCUCACAGCUCGUCGCUCAAGGUCGUGCAGCGGGAUAACGUGUCGGCUGUGACCAAGUCCGAGGUGGUCAUCCUCGCCUGCAAGCCCUACAUGGUUGAAGAGCUCCUCAACGAACCCGGCCUGUCCAAGGCGCUCCACGGCAAGCUCCUCAUCAGCAUAUGCGCCGGCGUCACCGUCCCGCAGAUCGAGAAGGUCCUGCACGGCGCCGUGCCCGAGAAAGACCCCGAGGUCGACGGCCGCUGCCGGAUCGUGCGCGCCCUCCCCAACACUGCCAGUAUGGUCCGGCAGGGCAUGACCGUCGUCGCCAACAGCAAUCCACCCCUGCCCCCGCAUACAUCGAGCCUCGUGACAUGGAUUUUCCGGCGCAUUGGUGACGUCCUCUACCUGCCCGCCGAGAGCAUGGACGCGUCGACGGCACUCGCCGGCGCUGGCCCGGCAUUCUUCUCCCUCGUGCUCGAGGCCGCUGUCGACGGCGCUGUAUCGCUGGGCCUCCCGCGCGCCGAGGCGCUGCGGAUGGCAGCGCAGUCCAUGAAGGGUGCUGCUGCCCUGGUGCUCAGCGGGCAGCACCCCGCGGUGCUCCGGGACAAUAUCAGCACCCCCGGCGGCUGCACCAUCGAAGGCCUUCUCGUGCUCGAGGACGGUCGGGUCAGAUCCACCGUGGCCAAGGCGGUGAAGGAAGCCGCCGUCGUCGCGAGCCAGCUGGGCAAAGGUAUCUAA